GGGUGAUAGCAAACAAGUCCAAAACGAAGUAGUUGAUUUAGCAGUUGCAACACUUCAUGACAGUUUGUCCUUACUUAUGUCUCUGUAGGUCCACAACAGUGUAAUAAUUCGCAGCUAAUAGCCAUGGACGAAGUGACAGGAGCUCAGCUAAUUGCUGAAUCUCUAAAGAAUCAGUGUCGAUUUCUUAAAGAGCAAUUUCUCUCGCUGCAGAAGGUGGAGUAUAUGUUUGGGAUAGUUGGUGUUCCCGUCAUUGAAGUGGCCAUGGCUGCACAGGCUGCAGGGAUCAGAUAUGUGGGAAUGCGCAACGAGCAAGCGGCAUGCUAUGCAGCAUCCGCCAUUGGAUACCUCACUGGGAGACCAGGUGCCUGCCUGGUGGUGUCUGGACCUGGACUGAUUCAUGCUCUGGGUGGAAUGGCCAACGCUAACAUGAACUGCUGGCCUGUGGUUGUUAUUGGAGGGUCCUCGGAUCAAAACCAGGAAACAGCAGGAGCCUUUCAGGAGUUCCCUCAGGUGGAAGCAUGUCGCCUUUAUAGCAAGUUCUCUGCUAGACCCAGCAGUCUUGAAGCCAUCCCUUCAGUGAUAGAAAAAGCAGUUCGCACAAGCAUCUAUGGGCGUCCAGGUGCGUGUUAUGUGGAUAUUGCAGGGGACAUGGUCAAUGCGAAAGUGGACAGGAGUAACGUCAGAGUUGUGUCCUGCUGUCCAGCUCCACCAGUGAGUUUGGCUGAUCACGGUGCACUCACCAAAGCUAUUUCUGUCUUGAAGGCAUCUAAAAGACCCUUAGUCAUCAUUGGCAAAGGUGCAGCCUAUGGCCGAGCAGAAACUGCUCUGAGGACGUUUGUGGAAAUGAGCGGUCUGCCAUUUCUGCCUACCCCCAUGGGGAAAGGGGUCCUACCUGAUGAUCACCCCAACUGUGUGGCUGCAGCCCGCUCGAGAGCUAUUCUCCAGGCUGAUGUUGUGCUUCUGCUUGGAGCCAGGCUGAAUUGGAUGCUACAUUUUGGUCUGCCACCUAGAUUUGACCCCGAUGUCAAGAUCAUCCAGGUUGACCUUUGUGCUGAGGAGAUGGGGAACAAUGUGAGGCCUGCUGUUGCUCUCCUGGGAGACAUCAAUGCUACUGUCACUCAGCUCCUGGAGUGCGUCCUUAAAGAUGGCUGGAAAUAUCCUUUCGAUACAGAGUGGUGGAGCACAUUGAAGGACAAAAUUGCUGUCAAUGCAAAAAUAUCAAAGGCGCUCGCUCUUCAGCCAACCAUGCCCAUGAACUACUACACAGUGUUUCAUCAUGUUUCCCAGCUGCUGCCACAUGACUGUAUCAUUGUCAGUGAGGGUGCAAACACUAUGGACAUUGGACGCACAAUGUUGAACAACUACCUACCUCGACACAGGUUGGAUGCUGGUACAUUUGGGACAAUGGGAGUAGGUCUUGGUUUUGCUAUAGCAGCAGCUACUGUGGAGAGGAGUGCGCAUAAAGGCCAAAGGAUAGUCUGUGUGGAAGGAGACAGUGCCUUUGGAUUUUCUGGCAUGGAGGUUGAAACCAUGUGCAGGUAUAAUCUACCUGUGGUCAUCAUUGUGGUCAAUAAUAAUGGUAUUUACAGCGGAGUGGAUCCUGAGAUGUGGAAAGAGAUGGCAAAAAUGGGAGAUCUGACCUCUAUAGCCCCUCCUGUGACCCUCCUACCUGAGGCUCGCUAUGAUGAGGUCAUGACAGCGUUUGGGGGUCAAGGAUUCCUGGUGAGGACGGUGGAGGAGCUGCGCAGUGCUUUACAACUAAGCCUGAGUGACUGGGAGAGACCGAGUCUCUUAAAUGUGCUAAUCGACCCCUCCUCCGACAGAAAACAGCAGGAAUUCCCUUGGCUCACACGCUCCAACUUAUAGCCUGUCCAGAACAUUAUCAGAACAGCAGUGACCAGCAGUUUUCUUCUGGGGAAACUCCAACUGGGGAAAAUAUAAAGCUGAUUUGUUUUUUUGUGAUUGUUUCCAUGAAAUAACUUAAUAUUUGUAUUGAUUUUUGCUACACAGUAGUAUUAAAAUGAACAAAUUAAUUAAUAAAACAAUAAAACAUUUUUACUCAUACAA